GUGAUUAUUUAAUAGUACUUCCUGUUUUAGAGGCGUAAAGACAGAAACAUUGUUAAUCUCACAAUCUAAAACGAAUCAUUUGUGACUCUUUCAACAACGGUAGACAGCCAUGUUAUCAUUCUUUCAAAGAAUAUUAGACUGGUUUAAAAGUUUAUUUUGGAAAGAAGAAAUGGAAUUAACCCUUGUUGGGCUGCAAUAUUCAGGGAAAACGACAUUUGUUAAUGUUAUCGCUUCUGGCCAGUUCAGUGAGGAUAUGAUUCCAACAGUUGGCUUUAAUAUGAGGAAAAUUUCAAAAGGCAAUGUCACUAUCAAACUUUGGGAUAUUGGUGGACAGCCUAGAUUCCGAAGUAUGUGGGAAAGAUAUUGUCGAGGAGUCAAUGCUAUUGUGUACAUGGUUGAUGCUGCUGACCAUGACAAAUUAGAAGCUUCUCGCAAUGAACUACACAAUUUAUUAGACAAGCCUCAGUUGCAAGGCAUCCCUGUGUUAGUACUUGGUAAUAAAAGAGACCUUAUAGGAGCAUUAGAUGAAAAAGAUCUCAUAGAGAGAAUGAAUUUAUCUGCUAUUCAAGACCGAGAAAUUUGUUGCUAUUCUAUAUCUUGUAAAGAAAAGGAAAAUAUAGAUAUUACUCUACAAUGGCUGAUUCAGCACUCGAAGUCUGGGCGAUAAAGGCAAUUAAUUCAUUGGCAGUGGCUGAGAAAUGUAAAUUGUUGGAUGAUACUCAUACUUAGUGUAAAAGAAAGAUGUAAAUGAGUGUGUGUCUGGGUUUUAUUUUUGGAUAAAUAUUUUGUACUUAUGUCAAUUGGAUAAAGUUUGAAUGAAAUAUUAAAACAGAAUUGUUGAUUUACAGGUCUUUUUUUUUCUUUACAAAUUAUUUAAAAUUGCAUUGUUAAAAAUGAAAGACUUAAAUUAAAAACAAAAUAUUUCAACAUAGUCUGUAUUAUUAUUUUUUUUUUAAAGAAUGUAACAUUAAGAAUCCUGUAAACACUUGGAUGUCUCCUUACCACACAUUAAAAAAAAAUAGUAAAGGCAUUGUUCACAUCAUUUUUUUUUUUCAGAAUCAGAAUGUUUUUGAAGGUUGUAGUAUUGAAAUUUUCAUUUUGUGCAAUAAUAAUUAAUCAGCUUAAUUUAAAAAAAAAAAUUGUGACACCCAGAGAGGAUUUUAUUGCAUGCAGUAAAUGUACUAAAAACUCCUAUUUAACAAGAUGUUGACAAAAAACGUAGCCAAAACUCCUUUUUUUUUUUUUUUUUUUUUUUUUUUUUUUUUUUUUUUUUUAAAUAGUUUGAAUUAAUUUCACAAAUAUUUUGAUAAUUGAACAAAACUUUUCUCACUCAUAAUAGAUGUAUCUUUACUUGAACAUUAUAACAUGUAAAAGUCUGUAAAUUAUGAUACAUGUUUUUAUUGUGCCCAUAUUUUGUUUCUACUACAAGUCUUAUGAUGCUAUAUGUUUGACAAAGAGUUGUGCUAUGACCAAAGUCUGCAUUAAGCUAUUUAGGAGAAGAAUUAAUGAGCCCUUUAGUUUACAUGCUGCAAAUUGGUAGCCUCAUUAAAUGUGUAUAAAUGUAUUAGACGACCAUUCCGUGUUUGUUUGUUUUUAAACCUUUGUAUAUAUUUCUAAAUAUAUACUAUUACUAUAUGUGUUUGUAUGCAUUCAAAUAUUGUGCAGGCAUUAUUAGCUCUACUCUAUUAGUUCUUGUCUUUUUUAUUCUACUGUUUGUGCCACUAACCCAUCUUUUAACUCUGUUAUGGUCUAAACUGUUUCAUUUUUUUUAUCAGUAAACAUGAUUUGUACAUGCUUUUUUUUUUAAAUGAGUGACUUUAAACAUUAUUACCAGGGUCUCCCCCUAUACAUCAUCUGUAUUAUAAAUGUUUGCUAGAUAAAUGUUUUCAAUGCUAUUGUCUUCAAUAUUGUACAUUAUUGUUUUCUAUUAACUAUGUUGUGAUUUGUGUUUUGCUAUUAGGGAACUUGUCUAUAAUAAGUUUUUAACUUAUAAUAAUUUUCUAUCAUUUCUAGUCUUAAUAUAUGUUUUUAAAACACAUUGACGCCAAUUGUAUAGCAAUCUUUAGAAGUUAUUUCUUAUAAGUACCGGUACUUUUGCUUAUAUUAUUCAAUGUGUUAUAACAUGUUUGUGAUAUAUUAUUUUAGUUAAAAUGAAAUUUAAAAAAAAGAAACAUAAAUUGUACUUUCCUUUGGAUUCCUUGUGGAAACUUGACAUAAAUGUUCUGUUUGUACCAAUUUUCCUUGUACACAAUUUGUCCAUGCUUUUUGGAAAGUUUUAGCAUUGGCAAAACGUUAGAUUUCUUUAAAAUAAAAGUAGACCAUUUUUGUAACCAUUAUUAUUUAAUUUACUUUUGUUGUCCAGAGAAAAUAGGGGCGAAAAUCAUAUUUGUUUGCGCUUCCAGUGUAUGACUAGCAUGGUGUAUUCAUCUCAAGUUACAUUUUGUAUGGUAUGGAGUUUUUGCAAGAGGAUAUUAGAGCGUGGAAUAUUAUAUCAUUGUGAUGUCAUUAAAAAAGAUGGUUUCUGUUAGCUUUUCAAUUUUUUUAUUACAAUUAUUUUCUAUUUUGCUGGACAAUAAAUAUUAAAAAUAUUU